AGCGGGGAGGAGAAGGCGGGGAUGCACUUGCGCAGCGGGAGGGAGCGGCGCGGGGGCGGCGAGGAGCUGGAGGCGGGUGAAGGACCAGCCGGGAGGAGAAAACGGGGACGCACUUCUGCAGAGGGAGGGAGCAGCGCGGCGCGGGGCGGCGAGGAGCUGGAGGCCGGGAACGGAGGAGCGGGAAGAAAAAGGCGGGGACACACCUGUGCAGAGGGAGGGAGCGGCGCAGUGGUGGCGAGGAGCUGGAGUCCCCCAACGGAGGAGCGGGGAGGAGAAGACGGUUACGCACUUGCUCAGAGGGAGGGAGCGGCGCUGAGAGGUGGCGGCGGGGAGCUAGAACUCUGCUCCUGGCAGUUAGUGCUGGGAAAGUGCGUCUACCCUUAAGAGGGCUAUCUAACCCUAAGUCUUAAAAAGUUACUCAUCGUACUGAGCUAGCAGGGGUUUAGUGAACAUUAGAGGCGUUUACCAUGUAUAUCUGGCGCAUAAAUGAUUCAGUACCUCUCUCAAGAUUCUCUUCCCCAGUGUACCCCGUGAGCUUUUCUUGAGAAACCAGCUGGAGAGUUUCUGCCCAGUCGGCUGAGCUGAGAGAUUGCUGUCUGAGGUACUCACUCCUGCUGCCUGGAGCCAGGCUUUUGUCCUCGUCCUUCGACC